AUGAGUACUGAUGUGGCGGACUCCAACCCGGGCACCUCCUCGGAGCGGCCUCCAAACCGGUUCGUGGGCCUCUCACCCCAUCGUCUGCAACGCCAGGCCUUUCCCAAGACCCUGAGCGACAAAUACAGGUUGGGCGAGGAAUUGGGGCGGGGUGCGUACGGACACGUGUUCCGCGGCCUGGACACCCGAACCGGCCAGCAUGUGGCCAUCAAGCAAAUCGGAUUGGAGCGUAUCCCUGCCGGAGGCCUUCCGGGCAUUGUUCGGGAGGUCGAGCUGCUGAAGACCCUGAACCACCCGAACAUCGUCAAGUACUAUGGCUCUCUGCGCACCGACACCCACCUGUACAUCGUGCUGGAGUAUAUGGAGAACGGCGCCCUGUCUGGCGUGAUCAAAUCCUCGAGCUUUGGCCCUUUCCCGGAGACCCUGGUGGCCGUGUACGUCCAGCAGGGGCUGGCGUACCUGCACGCCCAGGGUGUGGUCCACCGCGACAUCAAGGGCGCCAACAUCCUGACCACCAAGGAGGGCGUGGUCAAGCUGGCGGACUUUGGCCACAGCGCAGUCGCCCCCGCCGGCGACAUCUGGUCCGUGGGCUGCCUGGCCAUCGAGCUGUUCACCGGGUCGCCGCCCUACUAUGACAUGCAGCCCAUGUCGGCACUGUACAACAUUGUGGCCGACACCCACCCGCCCCUCCCCCGCGACAUCUCCGCCUCCAUGCGCGACUUCCUGCUCAAGUGCUUCGCGCGCGACCCGCGGGAGCGCCCCUCCGCCGCCGCGCUGGCCGAGCACCCCUGGGUUACCUACAACCGCCGCACGCUGCGCGGGACGCUGCAGGCCCGACGCGAGUCCUCCACCGGCGCGGGCGUAUCGGGGAAGGACGGCCCCGGCGUGGCCCCCCCCCCUCCGGCCGGCUCGGAGACCGCGGCCUCGGGCCUGUCCGCCCUGCGCGAGCUCCUGGGCAGCCCCUCGGAGCGGCUGCUGGACCGGGCGCUGGACGCCACGCUCUUCGCGCUGUCUGGGACGGCGGGGAGAGCGUGCCUCGCGCCGGCAAUGGCGCUCGGCUUCGCGCCCGCCCUCCUGCGCUUCGCGGCGCCCUCCCACUCCCACAUCCUCAGGGUCCAGGCUGCGAGGGCCGCGGAGAUCCUGUGCGCCUCCAGCAUCGGGGCGCGGGCCGUGCUUUCCUCGGACGCGCUCCCCGCCAUGCUCGACCUGCUCCUGCCGCCGGAGAGGGGCGACGCCUCGCCCGCGCUGUGCGUGGAGCUGAUGCAGCCGGCGCUGAAUGCCUGCUGGCUGCUCCUACACCGCUCCGCGGCGGCGGCCGAGGAACCAUCCGCCGCGCGGCAGCCGGCGGAGGGGCUGCCGCCGCUGGACGCGCUGCUGCGAGCCCUAGCAGCCGCCGCCCUGCCUCAGCGCAUGACGGCGGUCCUGCGCACGGUGCUGAGCGCCUACUGCCUCAAGGCCGGGCUGAACGGGCCGGUCGGACGGGGGCCGGGAAACCACUCCCGCUCAGCCUCCGUGCCGCUGACGGAGACAGAGCUAGCCCAGCUGGCGGAGGAGAAGCCCACGAGCAGCGGCGAGACCACACCGCCGCGCACCCCCAGCCGGACGAACAGCCCCCGGGGUCAAGGCCCCUCACUCACCGCCACGCUGGGGUCGCCGCGGCGGGGUCCCUCGCCCACCAGCGCUCAGCAGACCGUGUCACGCCUCGCCUCCAGUGUCUCCAUGUAG